UCCAUGUGCACACAGUGACGUCGCUACGCAAGUCUGUCUGAGUCCUCCGCUGUUUGUAUUAGUCUUCAGUUGGGCGCCUUCAACAAUCUAGAAGCAAUGUGCACGUAAACAGAAAACAAACGACAGGACGUCUCGGUGAAGUCUCUGAUGACUGUACUGCUAAUGCGCUGUCGUUAAGGGUCUCGCGUCAUGCGCGCGGCAGUGUGCGGUGCGUUCAGCUGUCACAACUGAAACUAGUAUAUGCAAGCAGUCGCAACACUGGGAAUACUUCUAAACACAACUUAACGCCACUGUUUGAUGUCAUUCUCUCCGUUUUUUUGCAUUGGAUUACUAGUGAGCAGAAGCAGAGAUAACUGUCACCAUUGGAUGUCGUAAUUACGGUUUAUCAAAUGAUCCAGGUAUGGAGACUAAAAGAUACCAAAGUUACUGCGAAGGGGCAAAUGCAGAAAACAAAUGGGCACAAAUGCCGAACACCAUGGAGUAUUGCUGUUCUGCUGAAGAGAAUCUGACAAACAGCGACGUGCUUAUGGAUAUUGUUAACUCAAGCAAUGCCCCUAACUCUGCCUGCAAGGACAACAACUUUAAAACUACAGAGACAACCAUGCUUAGAGUUAAUCAGAAUCAACCAUUACCUUUUCCCUCCUUCAAAAACUCCUUCCACAACCGCAAGUCGGAAACAGACUCAAAGGAGCUCUCCAAAACAGUUGCUGAGUCUAUGGGCUUGUACAUGAAUGCUGCCAGGGAGGCAGACUUUAGCUUUGCCCAACAAGGUACUGCAGGAGGGCAGGGUAGCCCGGAGAAACUGUAUCCUCUUUGUGGGAGAGCAACUGAAGACAGCCAGUCCAAAAAGACUGGGAGUCCAAAGAUGAAAGCUCCCCCAGCUUCAUUCCCACCUGGGGCCCAGCUACCCAAUGGUGGCCCUCAGGAGUGCAAUGUGGUCUCUGCCUCAGUGCCCUUUGCACUGUCCACUGCUCUUUCGUGCAGCACUGAUGGAUCUGGACCCAUGUCUAGUCCUACCGGACACAACAUGGUGUCAUCCACUACCAGCCCCACCUUCUUUGACUCUGAUUGUCCAUCUCUAGCUUCUGCCCGCAAAAACUUAACCCAAGGUCAACACACCAGUCCCAACAUCUGUAGCCCUGUAAAGUCCAGAAUGGUGGGGUCACCACCACUGGCCAGUCCGCUCAGCGUUAUGAAGUCUCCAGUUUCCAGCCCUCAUAGCAUAGGUAGCGUGAGCUCACCGCUUUCCUGUAACACUAACAUGAGAUCAUCCGUCUCAAGUCCAACAACAUAUGGAGGCAAUACCUGUAACGUUAGACCAUCCAUCUCCAGUCCACCCACUGUUGGCAGCAUGACCAUGUCCAGUCCCAGGAACUCAUCCAGGGGCUUCUCGGUCUCUAGCCCUCCCAGUGGAUUGGGCCUAGUUCAGAAUGAUGUCAACAGCCCUGAGAGCCAAGAGCACGACUUCAAGGCAUUCGAGUUCCCGAAGGUAGAAAAUGUGGAUGGGGAAAUAUUUAACAUCGGCUUGGAUGCUAUGGGAGUGGCCAAAUAUAUCAAAAACGAACCUGGCACUGAUUACAGGAGUAUGUGCCUAGGCAGCAGCAAAAGCGCCAUGCCACAUUCUCCUUUCAUAACUCACAUUAAAACAGAGCCGAACAGAGAGGUGACUUGUUCGAACCUCCAGUUUGUAGAGCCGCAGCACUCUCUAGGCUGCUUUCCAUCUACAGAGACCACAUACUUGUCUUUGAGGAAUAAUAUUGACGAAUAUAGUCUUUCUGGGAUCUUGGGACCUCCGGUUUCGUCUCUGAAUGGCAACUAUGAACCUGGUGUGUUUCCUAACAAUGGCCUGACUAAGGGGAUUAAACAGGAAACCAGUGAUGGCAGCUAUUACCAAGAGAAUAAUAAUGUGCCCACGUCGGCUAUUGUUGGCGUUAAUUCAGGUGGACAUUCAUUUCAUUACCAGAUCGGAGCGCAAGGAACAAUGUCGUUUUCACGCCACAAUCUGCGGGACCAGACGAACCCCUUGUUGAAUCUAAUUUCUCCAGUUACUGGAUUAAUGGAGACGUGGAAAACUCGCCCAGGCCUGUCACAGGGCCCUCUCUCUGCCAGAGGGGAUGGCUAUCCAGGCUCUGUCUGCCUUACAGAAAACUUGGAAAGUGCAUCUUUGAGACACACAUCUUCAACAGCCAAAGUGUGUCUGGUGUGUGGAGACGAGGCGUCAGGAUGUCACUAUGGGGUUGUUACAUGUGGAAGCUGUAAAGUUUUCUUCAAAAGAGCAGUAGAAGGUCAACACAACUACCUUUGUGCUGGGAGGAAUGACUGUAUCAUUGACAAGAUUCGGAGGAAAAACUGUCCAGCAUGCAGAGUACGGAAGUGUCUACAAGCUGGGAUGAAUCUUGGGGCACGGAAAUCCAAGAAGUUGGGGAAGAUGAAGAGCAUUGGCGAGGAUUCUUCCCUGCAGAACUCAAAAGACGGACCUCCGUUUCUGACUUCGGAGAAAGAGUUGAGCUCGGCCAAUGCUCUUGUCCCCCACGUCCCCACGGUAGCACCGUUUCUGUCACCGUCAGUGUGUAGCGUCCUGGAGCUCAUAGAGCCUGAAGUGGUGUUCGCGGGCUAUGACAACACACAGCCCGACACAACUGACCACCUGCUCACCAGCCUCAACCACCUCGCUGGAAAACAGAUGAUCCGAGUGGUCAAGUGGGCCAAAGUACUUCCAGGUUUCCGCAGUCUACCUAUUGAGGACCAGAUCACGCUGAUCCAGUAUUCCUGGAUGUGUCUCUCCUCCUUCUCCCUCAGCUGGAGAUCCUUCAAACACACCAACGCCCAAAUGCUGUACUUCGCCCCUGACCUCGUCUUCAACGAGGAACGCAUGCAGCAGUCCACCAUGUACGAUCUGUGUGUGGGCAUGCGGCAGGUGAGCCAGGAGUUUGUCCGUCUGCAGCUAACUUACGAGGAGUUCCUCGCCAUGAAGGUCCUGUUGCUGCUCAGCACGGUGCCCAAAGAUGGUCUGAAGAAUCAAGGGGCCUUUGAGGAGAUGCGGGUGAAUUACAUCAAGGAGCUCCGUCGCUCAGUUGGGAAAGCCACUAACAAUUCCGGCCAGACGUGGCAGCGCUUUUUCCAGCUCACCAAGCUUUUGGACGCAAUGCAUGAACUCGUAGGGAGCCUGUUGGACUUUUGUUUCUACACUUUCCGUGAAUCCCAGGCUCUGAAGGUCGAGUUCCCCGAGAUGCUGGUGGAAAUAAUCAGCGACCAGAUACCAAAGGUGGAGUCGGGCCUAACACACACCCUCUUCUUUCACAAGAAAUGACUGAAAGCUCGCAAAAGGAGGGAAAAGUGAAGGAUCACAUGGGAGAAAAAGCAGAGGACACUCAGCCCUCAGAGAGCGAACAAGAGCAAGCCCGCUAUGCACAAAGCAAGGCGUAACGAGAGACUUGGUUUAAAGCCAUAUAAGGCUUGCGUAGUGUGGGAAGGCAAAGAGCGAUCUCUGUACCCAGCCAACAGAGAAGAACUCAUAUUUCAUGUGACAGUGCGUUCCUUACCCCCAAAGACAAUGCUGACAGUGUUCUAUAAGGAUAUGAAGCCAUAUUCUUUGGUAAAGCUAUAGACGUACAUGUGGAUACGUCACACACAGAAAUAUGGGCCCACAUACUAGACAUAUCCUUGACUCCCAGACCUGUCAAUCUGCCAGUAAAUACCAUUGCGUUUGUAUGUAACUCUCCUACAAUCUGCCGCUCAGAUGAAAAAAUGACAGGUAAGAUUCAGUAAUAAAACUGCUGGUUAAGAUGGAAUUAUUAAUUAAAUUGGGGUGCUUGCAAAGAGGUUAUAAAAUACUCCACCAAGGGCUACUAUAUAGCUACAUUCUGAAUAAUUGGUGCACGGAAGUAGAAAAAUGUAAUCUAAAUUUAUCUGCAAAAAUGAUGACUUGAAGUGUUUACAAAGGCCACGCUGAUUCAGUGCUGCGGUGGCCUGAUGAUUGAUAAGCUGAGAAAUGGCAGCUCCGAAAGAAAUAACUCUUGGAUCGGUCAGAGAAAAAAGCAUGCAACUUUGCAAUACAGCAAAUAUUAUGGCUCGUCUUCUUGAAAAAAUUGAGCUCACGCAAACACACAAGCCACGUUUUGUGCGCGCGCUUUGACUGUAGCGAAUUUAGUAAACCGUACCUAAGCUGUUACUAAACCAGCUCCCUUUUGACGUUAAGAAAAAAAAAAAAAAAACAGUACUACUUUACCGUUCCACACAAGAAAAGCAUUUUAUAUGAUUGCGAAGUUUUUGCGUUUCCAAGAAACAAUCCAGCUAGAAGCCAUUUUCUAACAAGGUGCUUCUGUUUUCUAAACGUAAAUAGUAGAUGAUUUUCAGUAGCAACACAUGUACAGUUAGUUACCGUAUAGGGAAAAUCAGCUUUUCUGACGCAUACAGCUUUCAUAUUCGUAAACGACAAUAACAGCUGUAGUCCACAUAGUAGUCUAUUGUAAGAAACAGACAGGGUUACGCAGACUAAUAACAACAGUAACCUGCUCAUAAACACACAAUAUAUGUGUAUCGUAUGAUUAUAAUUGUUGCUUGUAGGAAUAUUUUUCAAACGUUGUACAUAGGAAGUUUUUGAUUUCAACCACCUUGCUAUUUGGGGAAAUACCAGUCGACUUGAGAGUACUUGAGCGAAUUGUAUCUUAAAUAGGAAUUUGGACCACUGUUUCGUGUUUCAUAACCCCACUGUGCUACCGAUGGAUCAAAAGAGGUACCGCUAGUUCUCGAAUGCUGUGAGUCUGAGGACAAUGAAGGUUUGUGUGUGUGUAUUUGCUUUUCUGUUUUUCUCUCAAAUUUCUAAAAGGCACAGGAUAGCUGACUUAUUUUUUAGAGGGCAUUGUUGUUUUUUCUCUGAUAGGAUUAGAAUGAUCCUAUUGGCUGAUUUUGAUUUGCACAGACACCAUAAUGUGAUAAUUGGGAUAUUAGAUGUUCUGCUAUUGCGUUGGUUAUGUAAUGUGGUUUGGGUGGGGGGGGGUGGGGGACAGGUUGGGACAUUUGUGAACUGGAAAGGUCCAAGAACUUUUGAUGUUUGCCUUUUUGUUGUAGCUGGUUGGUGGUAAAAGAGAAAAAACCUAAUUGGAAUAGAACAAUCAAAUCAAUCUGUGGAACCCAGGCAAAACCCAUUUCACCGACUUGUCAAUACACUGUAUGUUUAAAGUUUUUGAUGUACCUAAAACUAGGUCUCUUUUUUCCAACCUUUCCCUUUUUUAAAUACACAGAUCUAUAAAUGAGAAUAAAUGUUAAAAAGGUUCAUAGGAUGUAUGUGAAGUAUUUUUGAGAGAUUCUAUUUUGCUGGACACGAUAUAUUAGUAAUUUGUCUAAAAAGAGUAUAUGAGAUCUUUUGUAAAGUGAAAUGUUUAUGCAUGCUUUUUUGAAAAGAUGUUUACAGUGUAUUUAAGAAGGGAAACUUGUGCCUUUUUUCUCACAAAAGUUACCAUUUUACAGAAUCUAUUGUAAAUAAAUCAGUGAAUUAUUAUGUUGCGUUGUAUGGAACAUUUCUAUAUUAAACAUUUGUCAGACGCUGGGAUGAAGUUCACACAUUUCCCUCUUAACAGUUACUGACUGCCCAUCAAUCAGAAUCCAGAGCAAGAGCCAGAGAGCAUGAUGGAUAUACAUUUCAUUUAUAUUUACUUUUCACAGCAAGAGAGACUUGUUACUCCAUGGAUGUCACUAACUUAAAACUUGUCAUUUUGCUCUGUAGUAAUGUGAACUAAUUGUCUGUUUUUUGUGUUUUUCUGCUUUGCUUCGCCUACAAAUCUAAUAAAAACACAACGCAGUGCUCUCAUCAGAGGUUAGCUAUAUUAAGCUGAAAAGAAAAAUACUCAUGGUUGCCAAAUAUUUUAGAUAUUUUUUGUUGAAUAUAUAAAUAAGUCAAACCAAGCAAAAACACUGUUUUUUUUUUUCUUCUUCUUCAGUGCUUCACAAGUUAUUGUCUUGUGAACCAACAAUGUUCCUUAUUUGUAUUUACACAGAAUAUGAAAAAAAUAUAUGGACUUUUUUUUUUCUUUUUUUAAACAAAUUCAAACUUUAUGUAAAAAAGACCUAAAGACUAAACUAGGACAGGGAGCAAAGUUAAAUCGCAAAUGUCUGAUAUGAAUUCAGAUGUCCAUCAGCAGCUUAAGAGAAUUUUUCAUGCUUGUUGCAGCAUGUUUGCAAUUUGCGUUCCUCCAUCACCAAAUGAUGAAGCUUGAAACAUUGAAAGUUGGUGUGAAUCCACACUUUUGAGUUGCUUGUUACUUCAGCUUUGACAGUCUGCAUAUGACUUUUUUUAGAUGUGUUUUUGGGGAGUCUAAUAACAUGUAAAACUAUGCAUUUGUACAAAUCACAUUACCACCAAGCAGCACCUUUGUGCAAAAUAAGGGCAAAGCAUGAUCAAGGUAACCAGAGUAUGUUGAACCAGAAUAAAAUAGAGCUUACUAGUGAAAACCCACAGAUCUCACGUUGUGUUUGCACAUUAACACCCAUGUGUUAAUGGAUAUUGAUUUUUCUUUUUGGGGGAUGCAUCUGAAUCUGUGUGCUAUACAUUGUUUAAAGUGACAAAGCCAUAUCUCUUUUGUGAUAAAAGAGCAUUUCCUUUGAACCCUCCCCACCUUUUUUAAUCAGUGCUUUGUACAAUACUUGUUAGCAAAUCUCCUCAGUACAGAAAUAUUCAACAUGAGCAAAAGACAGAUGCAAAUAGUUCCUCUAAAGUGUACAUCUUGAUGCAGAUCUUGCCAUAACUGUGUUUGCAGAAACAUCAAGGGAUUCCAAUAAACCUGUUAACAAUUAA